AUGUCUCUAUUUUCUAUACCGGCGAGAAAGCACACAGCUUACUAUGAACACCUCUUGGCAACAUCGGCUUCAAGAACGCCUGCGAGAGAGUCGAAGAUGGAGCGAAAACCAAGAGAAACGCCAUCCAGAGACUCUUCCUGCGACGCUGGCAAGUCACUGGACAAAGGCAAAGAGAUCGUCAGGAAUUAUGUUGUUUCAGCGAAAUCAAAGAGUAGCGGCCAGCAGGCGCGCAGCACGCCUGCUGCCCGUGGUCGACUUACUUUGCAAAGGAGAAAAACUAAUGCCGAGAAGGCGGAGAAAACAAUGAGCGAAAACACCCAAAACACUACGCCCGCAACGGAGAAGAGACCGACCCUGCAGCGCAGAACCAGAACAGGCUCUGACGGUAAAAACGCCGGUAACGACGCAAAGAAAGUUGCACCGGAGCAGCGUCGGGUGGACGGCGCCGACGUCGAACAGCCAAAAGUUCUUGUUGAGUCCAACAGCCGGACGCCCCGGAGCGCAGAUGCGUUCCGCUCAGCUAGUCUAGGGGAAUCCGGCCCUCAAAUCAAUGCCCAAGGAAGCGCCGUGGCGGGGGACCGGGCGCCCUCCUCCUCUGCCGCCGCAGGCAGCACGCUCGCGGACGACGUAAAGUCGGAGGACCGAGUCAAAACUUUCUCCACCCCGACUAAAAAGACUCCAUUUCAGAAGAUCGCCGCUAAGAAGGACGUCUUCGAGAGGCUGUCCAAGAGAGAAGUCCCGAGAGCGGUGGCGGUCAAGUCGGCAAGUUUGGAGAGACCAAAGAUUCACGGUCCAGUGGAGAACGUCAGGUCCGCUGCGGCCCCUCGGGUGAACACCAGCGUUUCCUCCGCGUCUGUGCGCCACUCCGACGCGUCCCCGCCGACCGCACAGCUGAGGAAGCCCUCAGAUACAGUCACCUGGUGUCAAGAUGGAGACGCCAGCCUCGCAAAGGAUUCCACUUCUACUCCAACACCCACACCUGUCUCUGCCGAGCCCGUGGUCCGUCCUAGCGAGGUCCUGAAGCAGCAAGACCAUUUCAAGAUGGAAAACAGUGCGGUGACGGUCGCUGUGCGUGUCCGGCCUUUCAGUGCGAGGGAGAACACAGAGAAGGCUUUGCAGGUCGUCUUCAUGAACAACCAGGAGACUGUUGUCCAGCAUCCAGACUCCAAACACAGUUACGUCUUCACGUAUGACUUCUCCUUCAACUCAGUUGAUGAAAAGGACCCCAACUUUGCCAGCCAGCAAAUGGUGUAUGAGACACUAGCCAGGCCUCUCCUGGAGAGGGCCUAUGAAGGAUUUAACACCUGUCUGUUUACCUAUGGCCAAACAGGCUCUGGAAAAUCAUACACCAUGAUGGGCUUCGAAGAGGAAGCAGGGGUAAUCCCACGGUUCUGCCAUGAACUUUUCUCAAGACUUUCCUCUGAUGCAAAUCAAGAGGUCACAUGUCAUCUGGAGAUGAGCUACUUUGAGGUGUACAAUGAGAAGAUCCAUGACCUGCUGAUAACCAGAGAUAACCAAAACCAAAAGCAGAUGCCUCUGAGGGUGAGGGAACAUCCAGUGCACGGACCCUAUGUGGCUGACUUGUCUGCGAAUGUGGUUAGUUGUUAUAAAGAUAUUCAGGGCUGGCUGGAGCUUGGCAACAAGCAGAGAGCCACUGCAGCCACUGGUAUGAAUGACAAGAGUUCCAGGUCCCAUUCUGUCUUCACCCUCAUCAUGACCCAGACCAAGACAGAGUUUGUGGUGGGGGAAGAGCAUGACCACAGGAUCAUCAGCAGGAUCAACCUGGUAGACCUGGCAGGCAGUGAACGCUGUAACUCAGCACAGACCAGUGGUGAUCGUCUCAGGGAGGGUGUAAGCAUCAACAAGUCCCUGCUGACCUUGGGCAAGGUGAUCUCUGCCCUAUCGGAGCAGGCCAUGACCAAGAAGAAGGUCUUCAUACCCUACCGGGAGUCUGUCCUCACAUGGCUGUUGAAGGAGAGCCUGGGUGGCAACUCCAAGACAGCCAUGAUUGCCACACUGAGCCCUGCAGGCAGCAAUGUGGAGGAGAGCUUAAGCACGCUGCGCUAUGCCCAGCAGGCCCGCUUGAUCAUCAACCAGGCCAAGGUCAAUGAGGACACCAAUGCCAAGCUUAUCAGAGAGUUGAAGGCAGAGGUGGAGAAGCUGCGUGCGGCCCAGAUGAGUUCUCAGGGGAUUGAGCCAGAGAGGGUGCGGCUGUUCCAGCAGGAGAUCGUUGCCUUGAAAAGCAAACUCAGCUGGCAGGAGCGAGAGAUGGCCGAGGCACACCGGGCUUGGAAAGAGAAGCUGGAAUUGGCAGAAAUCCGUAAACGUGAGGAGACUAGGGAGCUGCAGAGAGCAGGUGUGGCAUUUAAAGUGGACAACCGUCUCCCGAACCUGGUGAACCUGAACGAGGACCCCCAGCUAUCAGAAAUGCUGCUCUAUAUGAUCAAGGAGGGCCAGACCAGAGUAGGGAAUCUCAAGUCUGAGUCUGCCCAUGACAUCCAGCUGACUGGAGCCCUCAUCGCCGACCAGCACUGUGUCAUAUCUAACAUCAACGGAACAGUCGACAUCACUCCCAUGGAAAGUGCCAAGACUUUUGUUAACGGACACCUGAUCUCCGAAUCUACAGUCCUGCACCAUGGCGACAGAGUAAUCUUGGGUGGAGACCACUACUUCCGCUUCAACCACCCUGCAGAGGUGCAGUCUGGAAAGCGUGUGUCAUGCUGGACAGGCUCGGGUGACGGCAUGAAGGACUUUGAGUUUGCCAAAAAUGAGCUGCUCUCUGCUCAAAGAGCACAAUUGGAAGCGGAGAUUGAGGAGGCCCAUGUGAAGGCUAAAGAGGAGAUGAUGCAGGGCAUCCAGAUAGUCAAGGAGGUAGCCCAGAAGGAGCUAUUUGACCAGAAGGCCCUCUAUGAGGAACAGAUUCAAGCCCUGGAGAAAGAACUGGAAGAGGAGAACGAGCGAAAGCAUCUCCAGGAGCAGGCACAGCAGAAGGUUGCCAGCCAGAUGGUAGAGUUGCAGAUGGCCAAGACGGCUCUGGAGCAGGAGGUGGACACUCACAAAAAACGGCUUCGCUUGCACAUGGAGGCCCAGGUGAUGAAGGAUCGCCGCGUGUGUCAGGCGCGGAUUGUUGAGGCCCUGGAGGCAGAGAAGAAGAAGCUGAGCAAAGACCUGGAGGAGAUGCUGAAGAAAAAAACAUUUAGGGAAUACAGCUCUCCCAGAAAUGUUCCACCACACUGGGAUGCCAUGAAGCUGUCACUGAUGAUUGAAGAGGCCAACAAGAUCAGUGCCAAGCUAAAGAAAAACACCGUCUUCAGGAGACAUGAGAGCUCUGACGAUGAGAAUUUAGAGCAAAGAGGAGAACUACAAGUGCGGGUUCAGAACACUAAACUGGGGAUCUCCACCUUCUGGAGCCUUGAAAAGUUCCAGAACAACAUGGUUGCCAUGAGGGAGUUGGACCAGGGGGAACCCACCUCUAAAGAUGACGAUGUGUUUUACAACCCUGAUGAUGAGUGGGAGCAAGAUCUAUUGGCCUCCUCCACCUCCUCUUUCUCACGCCGGAGGAGCAGGAGCCUGCUGAAGAGCAAGAGGAUCUCAGGGCGUCUGUAUGAGAUCAGAGUCCAUCCCAUUCAGAGCCUCCACAACGGCUCCUCACAGUCUGUCGGUCUGAUGGGUGUGGUCAAACCCCCCUCCACACACUCAAGCUCCUCAGACUCCGCCGUCCCAGGCAUCUGCAAAGAGCUGAUUGGCCAGUCGCUGGCCCUGCUACGCAGCUGUACCGGGUCAGAGGAGAGCAUGGCCGAUAGGUUAGCCUCUGAUCUAUACCUGGUGUACACAGCAGUUCGAACAACUGCAGAGCUGUACAACAGCCUGGAUGAUGACAGUCAGGAGAAUGUUUUUGUGUGUAACACGGAGGCCCAGACUCAGCUGGUCAAGGCUACCUCAGCCAUAGAGAGGGCUGUAUUUAUUACCAUGCAGUGGCUGGCCAGAAUCAAGCCCAUCUCUGGUGUACUCUACACCACUGCUGAAGAACUCAAGAACCAAGUCAAAAAGAUGGGUGGUUUCCUCCAGCUCCUCAUUCAGGGCUGUGAAUCCGAGAUCACUUCUAUGGUGACGGAGGCACAGAGGAAGAGUGGUCAGUGCCUGGAUGCAGCGUUUCGGGCACUUGGUCACCUGGCAGCGUUGACGGGCAUGCUCGUGAACAGUGCGGAGCUAGGCGCCCGGGCUACGGGCAAGCCCUCUGCAGCCAUGUCUUUGCUGGAAGGAAUCAAAAAGGGUGUUGGCUCCCUUCUGGAAGAGGACCUUACUAUCACUAAGGAAAUGCUUAGAGAAGCCCAGCUGGUCUAUACAAGGACCCCAGCCCUGCAGAGCCUUAAAUCCAAGACGCUUGACUUAGCCCGUGCUCUACAGAGCUACAUCCACUGCAGGAUGACGGAGAUGGAGGCCAACCCUGACAAAAUGGGGGAGGAAGAGGAGGGUGAGGUCUCCCACUUACACAGACUGUGGAACACGGCAGUUGAGCUCUACCAGUUUAAUCAGGCUACCAGGCAGCUGCACUCUGUCCUCAUCUCUGCCCUCAGAGGUAAAGGGGGUGACCUCAGUGUCUGCAGCGAAGCCAUCGCCUCUUCAGCGAAAUCUGUCGACAAGCUCAUCAGUGGGCUGCCUAGAAGUACAGCAGCAUGCUCCGCCUCCUCCAGCCUGCAGCUGCCCCGCAUCCAGAGUGUGGUGGAGGCUCGAGAUGAGCUCCAUUGCAGCCUGCAGGCCCUGUCUGCCGCUUUUAACCAGCAGGGGACACAAGAAAGUAGAGGAUCCUCUGGCUCUGAAAAGAGCACAGAUGAUGGAACGUCAUCCAAAGAGAGCGUUACGGCUCAGAGUAGAACAGUCCCUAAAACUGCGUACACCCUUCCCCCAGGCUUCUUGUCUCAGGGCAGCCCUCACUGGGUUUGA